AUGUCUCAACAACCAUCCACCGAUCCUGUACUCACUGCUUUCAAGAAGUUCUUUUCAAUUCUUUCCGAUCGAUCAACUUCGAUCCUUCUCAGCUCUUUUGGAAUUGCUUCUACUGCCUUCCUCUUUUGGAAAUAUUUCACAAAUUCCAAACCGUCCACUUCCGUCGACAAAACUCACGAAACAUCCUCCCAACCUCGAAAUCAUCAUUCCUUUUCCUCCAAUGAAGAAUUAAUUCAACAUUUAAAAAAUUCGACACAUCUUUCUCCGAUUUUGGAAAAAAUUUUCACACAAACUGAUCGAGGAAAAUAUGCCGUCGAUGUUGAAUUAGAAAAUUCCAAAGAUUUAGAAGUGGUUCGACCCUAUGCUGAUGCUGCUAUGCCUCUUCGAUGCAAUGCCACAAUUUCUGCUCCUCAUAUUCAUGUCACUUGUCUAAAUGCAUUCAUUGAUGUUUUUGAGCAAGCAAGUCAAAACAAACAUGAUCCCUCUGCAUUGUCAACAACAUCGAAUUUUUCAUGCUUAGAUGUAGGAAGUGGAAGUGGUUUUGUGAGUGCUGCGUUGUGUCACUUGUCAGAAUAUUUUGACUUGAAUGCCAAAAUUUUAGCCAUCGAUCAUAUUCAAGAAUUGGUCGAUUUGGGUUUCAACAAUGUCCAACACGAUGAGAAUUCUAACAAAUUUUUGCAAACCUCUACUCGUUCUUCUUCAACAAGGGACAUUCAAUUAAUUUUCAAAAAAGGAAAUGGCUACGAUUCACAACUCAUUCGAACACUUUUUAACGAUUCCUUUCGCCAUUCAGAAUUUGAAACUCCAAAUCAUUCCGAACCAUUGUUUGAUAUUAUUCAUGUGGGAGCUGCGUGCCCUUCGAUUCCAAAACAUCUUUAUGAACUGCUCAAACCAAAUGGAAGAAUAAUUUGUCCAGUCGGUCCUUCAAUUGGAACUCAGGAAUUACUUUGUAUUUGUAAGUCAGAAAAGAAAAAUUCAACAAUUACCAAAUUAGGACAAGAACAUGGAGAGGACUUUGCACCAACAACGAAUAUUGAACAUGGAGAAACAACGACUCAAAUGCUUGUACAAUGUAUUGCCAAAGUUCAUUUCGUUCCAUUAUUUUCCAAUGAACAAGAUCAAGAACGUCAUUUCAAUCGAUCCAAUCCAAAAGUAGUGGUCAACCCAAAUACUGGAGAGAAAUUUAUUGUUCUUCCUUAUUUGCAUUUGUGUGGAGAUGAUUCGAAGGAAUCUAUUAAGAGUUUACAAGAUAUUAAAUGGCAAGGAGAUGAAUAA